UUCCAUUCUUGACAAUUGCCUCUCUUCACCUUCCACCUUGCUUCCCGGCGUGCGAAAGAGGCAUACCCGAGCUUGGAUUUGCCCAAUGGCUAGCUAGCAUCGGGCAUGCUGUCUUCCCUCGACCCCUCAUCCCGCCUCCUCCAAGACCACUCACUGUCUAUCCCGGGAAUGUAUGCACCAUGACCGGGCCAAUGCUGCUGGCGCUGCUUUGCACGGCAGUAUUUGGAUGGCUGGUUGAGGCGUUGCCAGUGGUGAUUCGUGGUCUGGACCAGCACUCGGAAGUUCGAGCUGGGCUUUUGAUCGAGCCCCGGCAAUGGAAGGGCCCACCACCGUGGUUGAUCUCGAGCAUCGAAGCGGCGACAACGAGACUAAUUCUUUCGGUCCCAGGAGCAACAGGACCGCCCUCGCCCACUUUCUCCGGGCCUCCGGCUAGCGCUGUACCGCUAUCCACGGGCCUACCCACUACCCCUCCAGAUGCUGGUAACUCGCUGCCUUCGAGCACGGUAGACCGGCAACUGUCUGGAGAAGGCCCGAUGACCGAUACUAUGCCCACAGACACCACCAACUUCGAAACCGCAACCCCGUCCGCGACUGAUAUUUCUGUGCCUUCGAAUGAGGGCGACUCUGGAAUCGGGAGUCACAGGACGCUCGUCAUCAGCCUGAGCACCAUCCUCUCAGCGGUGGGGUUAGCGUUGAUACUAGGGGGGUUAUUCCUGUGGCGGAGAAGGCGGCAACGCCGGCUGCCUUUCCUCUCACGUGGCGUCUCACCCAUCGAUGACGACGAGAUCGAGAGAUGGAAAUCGCCCAGAGAUGAAAAGGAGACCAGGUUCCCGGCUGGCGAUACCGACGUUGAGGCCGACGCGGCCUUCAACAAGGAGACGGGUGCUCCGUCGCACGCGAAGCACCCGUCGACAAGCUCUGUGAAGAAGCCGCCGAGCGUGAUCGUCUACAACAGACCGCACGAUGCGCAAGGGACCCGUCAGUCAACCGAUGCCGAGUCCCGCCGCUCCUUCGCCCAGAACCACCCCGCCUACAGCGGCAAGACAAGUUUCGACAAAACCCUCCCGCAGACCCCUAUUCAAGCCCGAGCACCCAACGCCCGCGCGGGACUGACGGACGAGUCCGUCCCCGGCGACGAGCCCUUUAUUUUCUGCCCGAAACGCACCUCUUCCCGACGCCUUUCCAAGCUUCCGCCCAAUUCGGCCAUGGGCCGGAGGGCUCAGCAUGCGAGAGCUCGCAGCUCGCGUAGCAGCACCCGCAGUUUCGGCGAGUACUACUACGCCUCAGGCGGCGGGUCACGCACCGGGUCCGACCUGGAGCUCUCGCCCCGGUAUUCCCAUGAUCAUGCACAGCAUAGCAGGGAGCACUCGAGGAGCCACAGCGGGCCCCGGGGCAGUCACUCGAGAGUGUACUCGUCGUCCUCCAUCCCGCCGAGGCUAUCCUUUGGAGACGAGGCGUUGUUCGGGGGGCUGUCCCCGGCCCGCCCGAGGUUCCCUGGCGAGGGCGAGAUUGGGAGGGCUAUUGGCUAAGGGGGCCGCACAACACACAUUUUGUUAUGACCGAUCAUGUAAGGCUCUCUGUGCCUUUGCACAUGGCCACACACUCUUCACCAGGCUGGGGGACUGAUCCCGCUGGCGCCUGUUUUUCUUGGCACAUCACUUUUCUUCCUCCCUGGAUGCUGACUC